GCUCCCGUCCACCAGAGGGAGCCUUCACCUGAAUUCUGAACUCUGCCACUUCCUGUUCCUGCCACAUCAGUUCCUGUCUUGUCAUUUCCUGUCACCCUGUAUUUAAGCCAUGUGUUUGCUAUGCCACAUUGCGAAGUAUUGCCAGUUCCCUGCCUUACUAAGCGUUUUUCAUGUCUCCUUUGCUGUUUAUUGUUAUGACCAUUGCUUUUGCCUUUUUGACUCACGUUUUUGGAUUACUGUUUUGGAUUUGUUUGCCAUUGGACUGUUUUGCCUGUAUUUUGACCAAAGCCUGUGACCUGACUACGAGUUGUGAUUACCAUUUGGAUUUUUUCAGCAGACCAUUUAAUAAAGACCCGCUUAUGGAAUCUACACGGCCUAAGUCCUCCUUACAGAAUACUUCGCCUGGCGCGGAUCCAGCGGAUGUCUCUCAACUUCUUUCUACCAUUGAGUAUCAAAAAGAUCUGCUGAAUGGUUUUCAACACCAGCUACUGACACUGCAAGCCAGCAACGAGCAUUUAACACGGUACAUUCAGUCUCUUCCUGCCCCAAGACCUGACCCGGUAAGAUUUGCUUUACCUGAUAAAUUUGAUGGCUCUCCUGAUAACUGCACUGGUUUUCUACGUCAAUGUUCUAUCUAUUUUUCAAACCAACCUGAAACAUAUCGCCAAGACCAUACAAAGUGCUCUUUUAUCAUGACUUUGCUUACCGGGAAGGCUUUAGAGUGGGCUACAGCUGUUUGGGAUCAUGAUACACAUGUCCAGCAAUCUUACAAUUACUUCACCCAACUAAUUCGUGAUGUCUUUCAAUAUCCUGCUGGAGGCAUGGAUGCAGCAACUCAACUGACCCAGUUACGUCAAGUCAAUCUAGCCCUAUGGAACCCAUGCACAUUGGAAGAACUCAAUUACCAGCUGAUGAACGGAGAAGGAGAUUACUCAAUCAGCUCUGCUUCUACUGUGGUGGAUCAGGCCAUCGCUGUUCCAACUGUCCUGUUAAACCUGCUAUCAACCCCUCUUCAAGUUAUCAACGUUAAUAGAUUCUGGAGCAGCUGCAAACGUGAUUCAUCAAGAUUUAGUGAAGCAGUUGAACAUUCCCACAAUCAAAUGUGAACCACCUAUUGCUGUUACUGCCGUUGAUAAUGGUCCAAUUGGUAAAGGUUAUAUCACUCAUCAAACACUCCCCAUAAAACUCAGAGUUGGACUGCUUCACACAGAAGAAAUAACUCUCUAUGUAAUUUCAUCACCACGAAACAAAGUCAUUU